AUGAGGUCUGAUUCCCUUUGUCAUCAGACAGACUGCUGCUGCAUCAGACAGACUGCUCCUGCAUCAGACAGACUGCUCCUUCAUCAGACAGACUGCUCCUACAUCAGACAGACUGCUCCUACAUCAGACAGACUGCUCCUUCAUCAGACAGACUGCUCCUACAUCAGACAGACUGCUCCUUCAUCAGACAGACUGCUCCUACAUCAGACAGACUGCUCCUUCAUCAGACAGACUGCUCCUGCAUCAGACAGACUGCUCCUGCAUCAGACAGACUGCUCCUACAUCAGACAGACUGCUCCUACAUCAGACAGACUGCUCCUUCAUCAGACAGACUGCUCCUACAUCAGACAGACUGCUCCUUCAUCAGACAGACUGCUCCUACAUCAGACAGACUGCUCCUACAUCAGACAGACUGCUCCUACAUCAGACAGACUGCUCCUUCAUCAGACAGACUGCUCCUACAUCAGACAGACUGCUGCUGCAUCAGACAGACUGCUCCUACAUCAGACAGAGACUGCUCCUACAUCAGACAGACUGCUCCUUCAUCAGACAGACUGCUCCUACAUCAGACAGACUGCUCCUACAUCAGACAGACUGCUCCUACAUCAGACAGACUGCUCCUUCAUCAGACAGACUGCUCCUUCAUCAGACAGACUGCUCCUACAUCAGACAGACUGCUGCUGCAUCAGACAGACUGCUCCUACAUCAGACAGACUGCUCCUACAUCAGACAGACUGCUGCUGCAUCAGACAGACUGCUCCUACAUCAGACAGACUGCUCCUACAUCAGACAGACUGCUCCUACAUCAGACAGACUGCUCCUACAUCAGACAGACUGCUCCUACAUCAGACAGACUGCUCCUACAUCAGACAGACUGCUCCUACAUCAGACAGACUGCUCCUUCAUCAGACAGACUGCUCCUACAUCAGACAGACAUCAGACUGCUUCCUGCAUCAGACAGACUGCUCCUGCAUCAGACAGACCGCUCCUUCAUCAGACAGACUGCUCCUACAUCAGACAGACUGCUCCUACAUCAGACAGACUGCUCCUUCAUCAGACAGACUGCUCCUACAUCAGACAGACUGCUCCUACAUCAGACAGACUGCUCCUGCAUCAGACAGACUGCUCCUACAUCAGACAGACUGCUCCUACAUCAGACAGACUGCUCCUUCAUCAGACAGACUGCUCCUGCAUCAGACAGACUGCUCCUACAUCAGACAGACUGCUCCUUCAUCAGACAGACCGCUCCUUCAUCAGACAGACUGCUCCUACAUCAGACAGACUGCUCCUGCAUCAGACAGACUGCUCCUACAUCAGACAGACUGCUCCUACAUCAGACAGACUGCUCCUUCAUCAGACAGACCGCUCCUUCAUCAGACAGACUGCUCCUACAUCAGACAGACUGCUCCUACAUCAGACAGACUGCUCCUUCAUCAGACAGACUGCUCCUACAUCAGACAGACUGCUCCUACAUCAGACAGACUGCUCCUUCAUCAGACAGACUGCUCCUACAUCAGACAGACUGCUCCUACAUCAGACAGACUGCUCCUACAUCAGACAGACUGCUCCUUCAUCAGACAGACUGCUCCUUCAUCAGACAGACUGCUCCUACAUCAGACAGACUGCUGCUGCAUCAGACAGACUGCUCCUACAUCAGACAGACUGCUCCUACAUCAGACAGACUGCUGCUGCAUCAGACAGACUGCUCCUACAUCAGACAGACUGCUCCUACAUCAGACAGACUGCUCCUACAUCAGACAGACUGCUCCUACAUCAGACAGACUGCUCCUACAUCAGACAGACUGCUCCUACAUCAGACAGACUGCUCCUACAUCAGACAGACUGCUCCUUCAUCAGACAGACUGCUCCUACAUCAGACAGACAUCAGACUGCUUCCUGCAUCAGACAGACUGCUCCUGCAUCAGACAGACCGCUCCUUCAUCAGACAGACUGCUCCUACAUCAGACAGACUGCUCCUACAUCAGACAGACUGCUCCUUCAUCAGACAGACUGCUCCUACAUCAGACAGACUGCUCCUACAUCAGACAGACUGCUCCUGCAUCAGACAGACUGCUCCUACAUCAGACAGACUGCUCCUACAUCAGACAGACUGCUCCUUCAUCAGACAGACUGCUCCUACAUCAGACAGACUGCUCCUACAUCAGACAGACUGCUCCUACAUCAGACAGACUGCUCCUUCAUCAGACAGACAUCAGACUGCUUCCUGCAUCAGACAGACUGCUCCUCCAUCAGACAGACCGCUCCUUCAUCAGACAGACUGCUCCUACAUCAGACAGACUGCUCCUACAUCAGACAGACUGCUCCUGCAUCAGACAGACCGCUCCUUCAUCAGACAGACUGCUCCUACAUCAGACAGACUGCUCCUACAUCAGACAGACUGCUCCUACAUCAGACAGACUGCUCCUACAUCAGACAGACUGCUCCUUCAUCAGACAGACAUCAGACUGCUUCCUGCAUCAGACAGACUGCUCCUGCAUCAGACAGACCGCUCCUUCAUCAGACAGACUGCUCCUACAUCAGACAGACUGCUCCUACAUCAGACAGACUGCUCCUACAUCAGACAGACUGCUCCUACAUCAGACAGACUGCUCCUUCAUCAGACAGACAUCAGACUGCUUCCUGCAUCAGACAGACUGCUCCUGCAUCAGACAGACCGCUCCUUCAUCAGACAGACUGCUCCUACAUCAGACAGACUGCUCCUACAUCAGACAGACUGCUCCUUCAUCAGACAGACUGCUCCUACAUCAGACAGACUGCUCCUACAUCAGACAGACUGCUCCUGCAUCAGACAGACUGCUCCUACAUCAGACAGACUGCUCCUACAUCAGACAGACUGCUCCUUCAUCAGACAGACUGCUCCUACAUCAGACAGACUGCUCCUUCAUCAGACAGACUGCUCCUACAUCAGACAGACUGCUCCUACAUCAGACAGACUGCUCCUUCAGACAGACAGACUGCUCCUACAUCAGACAGACUGCUGCUGCAUCAGACAGACUGCUCCUACAUCAGACAGACUGCUCCUACAUCAGACAGACUGCUCCUACAUCAGACAGACUGCUCCUUCAUCAGACAGACUGCUCCUACAUCAGACAGACUGCUCCUACAUCAGACAGACUGCUCCUACAUCAGACAGACUGCUCCUACAUCAGACAGACUGCUCCUACAUCAGACAGACUGCUCCUACAUCAGACAGACUGCUCCUUCAUCAGACAGACAUCAGACUGCUUCCUGCAUCAGACAGACUGCUCCUACAUCAGACAGACUGCUGCUGCAUCAGACAGACUGCUCCUACAUCAGACAGACUGCUCCUACAUCAGACAGACUGCUCCUUCAUCAGACAGACUGCUCCUACAUCAGACAGACUGCUCCUACAUCAGACAGACUGCUCCUACAUCAGACAGACUGCUCCUACAUCAGACAGACUGCUCCUACAUCAGACAGACUGCUCCUACAUCAGACAGACUGCUCCUACAUCAGACAGACUGCUCCUACAUCAGACAGACUGCUCCUUCAUCAGACAGACUGCUCCUACAUCAGACAGACAUCAGACUGCUUCCUGCAUCAGACAGACUGCUCCUGCAUCAGACAGACCGCUCCUUCAUCAGACAGACUGCUCCUACAUCAGACAGACUGCUCCUACAUCAGACAGACUGCUCCUACAUCAGACAGACUGCUCCUACAUCAGACAGACCGCUCCUACAUCAGACAGACUGCUCCUACAUCAGACAGACCGCUCCUACAUCAGACAGACCGCUCCUUCAUCAGACAGACUGCUGCUGCAUCACAGACUGCUGCUGCAUCAGACAGACAUCAGACAAACUGCUCCUACAUCAGACAGACUGCUCCUACAUCAGACAGACCGCUCCUUCAUCAGACAGACUGCUGCUGCAUCACAGACUGCUGCUGCAUCAGACAGACAUCAGACAAACUGCUCCUACAUCAGACAGACUGCUCCUACAUCAGACAGACUGCUCCUACAUCAGACAGACUGCUCCUACAUCAGACAGACUGCUCCUACAUCAGACAGACCGCUCCUUCAUCAGACAGACUGCUCCUACAUCAGACAGACCGCUCCUUCAUCAGACAGACUGCUCCUUCAUCAGACAGACUGCUCCUACAUCAGACAGACUGCUCCUACAUCAGACAGACUGCUCCUACAUCAGACAGACUGCUCCUACAUCAGACAGACCGCUCCUUCAUCAGACAGACUGCUCCUACAUCAGACAGACUGCUCCUACAUCAGACAGACUGCUCCUACAUCAGACAGACUGCUCCUACAUCAGACAGACCGCUCCUUCAUCAGACAGACUGCUCCUACAUCAGACAGACUGCUCCUACAUCAGACAGACCGCUCCUUCAUCAGACAGACUGCUCCUACAUCAGACAGACUGCUCCUACAUCAGACAGACUGCUGCUGCAUCACAGACUGCUGCUGCAUCAGACAGACAUCAGACAAACUGCUCCUACAUCAGACAGACUGCUCCUGCAUCAGACAGACUGCUGCUGCAUCACAGACUGCUGCUGCAUCAGACAGACAUCAGACAGACUGCUCCUGCAUCAGAGAGGGUAGACUGA